CCCAAGUUGGAAAUAAGAUUCCGUGCACUGUGGACGGUUUAGAUUUAUCUGGAACAAUAAUUGACACCCGAAGCGGCGUUGAGAAUGCCGAAGCUUGUCAAACGCUAUGUCGAGAAAAUACUAAUUGCGAGGCAGGCAUUUUCAAGGCCGAUAAAUCUUGCAUUCUGAAAAAUGAAAUCAUGGGACUACCCGUUGUGAAGACAGGUUUUGCGUUGGCCAUGAGAUCUUGCCAUCAACAGCCGUGUUCCAUUCCGAACACUGAUAUUGAAGGUCUGGAACUUCACGUACUAAGCACAGACACGGAGAAGGAUUGUCAAUUGAAAUGUGGCAACGAGUCCAUGUGUCUGGCCUCCGUUUUCGAUAGAGAAAAAAAACAAUGCCACUUGAAAUAUGGUACCAAAAAUGCCCCAUCGGGUACGAACACAGUGGUGACAUUCAAGUAUUGUGACUGUCCCUCGAUAACUGAUCCAGACAAUAGAAAAAUGGUUUGCACUGACCCCAAGUUGAGGGUUGGAUCCCAUUGCGCUUUGUUAUGUCCCGAGAGAUUUGAUGGCAGUGAGCUGGCUCAAGUCACUUGCCAGUUCCAUAACGAUAACCAAUCUUACCAUUGGAGUGGUGAUCUCAGCUUGAUGAGCUGUCCAGAACUGGUGGGGAUUGUGGUAGGGGGUAAAGACCGGACCUCCACCUACUUGAAAAGUGUGGAAGUUUUCUCCAACGAUGAAGAUCAAUGCCAAGCCAAAAAAUUACCCGAUUACCCCUUUGACGUGGCAGGACCAGUCAGCGGCUCAGUCGACGGAUUUGGAAUCGUUUGUGGAGGCGCUACCAAUUCAUACGUUGAGUGCACCAACCGCAAAGGGGGUGGGAAGGUAUGCGAUAGGAAUGUCGAGUAUGUCGAAACGAAAGGUGGAUCUCGUUGGUACGAUGGACCCAAAACAACGCAAUGCCAUUAUUACGAUCAUGAAUUGACGCACACGUGGUUAAGAACCGUGGACUUAAAAGAGGCUCGAGCAUACGCCUCAAGUGCACCUCUUCCUACCGGCGAAUUGUGGAUUUUGGGCGGAUUGGGCUCGAAAUCUAUAUUGGACUCGACUGAGAUUGUGGGUCGGAAUCCCAUUACCACAGCCUGGUACGUCAAGCCCGGAUUACAACGAUUGCCCAGGGCUUUGUUUGGACAUUGCUCCGUUCAACUGGAUCAGAACCGAAUCGCCGUGAUUGGAGGCUUUUGGGAUGGGGAUUAUUCCGCUCAAGUUCAUACCUACAAUAUCAAAAACAAAGCUUGGGCCCUCGAAGCGACAAGCUUGAACGAAGCCAGGAAUGACCAUGUUUGCAAGCUGACCCGGGUUCGUGGGGUAAUGCAAGUUCUAGCCACAGGGGGGUGGAAUAAGAAUGGAGCCUUAAAUACCACCGAGCUCAUGGAUGUUCAAACCCGCAUUUGGACUCUCCAGGGUAAAUUCGACAAACUCCCUGACUUCGAAGAUAAUCUCGAAACCUUCCCCUCCUUGAGACGAUCGGCCGUAUUAUUCGGCGGUUCCAGCUCAGUCAUGAUGGUGGGCGGGGUCACAUGUGGCUUGGACAAUGAUUUGCGGAGGAAUUGUACACAAAUGAGUUCAUCCAUCAAGUUCACUCCUCAUGAGUCGGACCCGUCAUUAGACAAAUGGGAAAAAAUGUCCUCUUUGAAGAUGAGCACACCUAGAUCGAGCCAUACUUUAUUCCAUCUCCCCAAGGCCUUUGUUUGCAAUAACCGAAACUAACUUCUUUUCCUUCCGUUCUUUUGUGGAAAUAAAAAAACUUAAAAAAAAAAAACCUCUUUCUUUGAAUGAGUUGAAUUAAUUGUUGUCACCUUUGAGUUAGGCUG